AUGUUGAUGUUGAAUAAAAAUAAAAUACAAGAAAGAAAAAGAGAAGACAAAGUGUAUCUAAGCAGAGCAUCAACCAGGCAAAGCAGUGGUUGGAUCAUCUCCAGCUUCAAGAACUACCUUCACCGUAUUGGAAGAAGUGGGAGGUUUGGGAGGAAAUGUGUGGCGAUUAACUUUGUAACUUGUGAUGAUGAGAGAAUCCUUUUUGAUAUUCAGAAAUUCUACAAUGUGGUUGUUGAGGAGCUUCCAUCAAACGUAGCUAUUCUUCUUUGA